AUGGCAAAUGUUUCACCUUUAACAAACAAUCCUAUGGGAAAGCCAAUUUCAUCAGGUCAACGCAUCAUGAUUGUAAAUUCAUAUAAAAUGGAAUUAAGAAAAAAUCCUAACCUAACUGUUCGAGAAGCUCGGAUUUAUAUAUCGAAACAACUUGGCAUCGGACAACGAACAGUUUCAAAUGUCAUCAGCGAAUAUAAUACUAACAAAACUGUCACCUCUCCGUGCAAAACUCGCAUAAGAACAUCAUUCAAAGAUAAGUUUGACGAUUUACAGAUGAACACAGUACGUUUUCAUGUUCAUUCAUUUUGGUUUAAUAAAACUAUACCCACAUUGGACAAAAUACUGCAAGUUAUUAAAGACGACGACACUUUGCCAGAUAUUUCCAGAAUGAAUUUACAUCGUCUACGGUAUUUACAAAAUAUUCGUAAAUAUCGUGAAGAAGGGAGGCAUUUAUACUAUCUUGACGAAACCUGGGUCAACGCAGGCGACUGUACCAGCAAAACGUGGGUAGACAAAACAAUUAAAUCACCUCGUGAUGCAUUUCUUCAAGGUCUCACGACGGGGUCUCAGAACCCAUCUGGCAAAGGUAAGAGGUUAACUGUUCUCCACAUUGGGUCUGAAGAUGGGUUUGUGCCAGGUGGCCUAUUAUGUUUUGAGUCAAAAAAAACGACCGACUACCACGGAGAAAUGAAUGGUGAUACAUUUUAUGACUGGAUGAAAAACAUAAUACCACGGCUUAAAGAAAAUUGUGUCAUUAUAAUGGAUAACGCCCUGUAUCACUCUGUAAAAAAAGAAAAAAUUCCAAACACGACAAAAAAAAAAGCAGACAUCACAAAAUGGCUACAGGAAAAAGAUUUGGCUGAAACACACAACAGGACAAUUUUAAGACUCCCUCCAUAUCAUUGCGAGUUAAAUCCAAUAGAAUUGGCGUGGGCUAACGUGAAAGAUCACGUUAAAAAGAACAACACCAGCUACAAGUUGAGUGACGUCAAAACACUUUUAUUGGAAGGUAUAGAAAGAGUGGAUGAGAACAUGUGGAAAAAUUUUAUAAGACACACUAUGACGGAGGAAGAAAAAUUCUACAAAAUCGAUUUUAUAGUAGACGAUUUGUUGUCUGCAGAAACAGAAAGUCUGACAAUGACGGUUGGCGAUACGUCUUCGGAGUCUGAAUUCUCUAGCGAUGAUGAGUAA